AGCUUGCAUAUAGUUAGACAAAAGUGUUACAUUUAUUAUAACUAGAGUAAGUGCUAUAGGAGGCAAAUGGCAUCUCUAAGCCCCCUUCAAGUGCUUUGGGCACUAAUUAUUUUGUUGUGCCUUCUAAGGUGCACUUUUGCACAGUUUCCGGCAGUUUGCAACACUCCAGAAAACCUCCAGAGUAAAGUAUGUUGUCCGAACAACUGUAAUGGUAGAGGAGAUUGUGUGAACGUUAAAUCAAACGCAGAGCGUCAAUCUGUUGAUGCUGAUCCAGAAAUUGUCGCAGUUCUAAAAAAUACAUCCAAUGUUUCGGAAAAAGGAAAUAGGAUUGAUAGCAGAUAUCUUUGGCCGACGAUGGUGUUUGAAAAUGUUUGUAUUUGCUCGGGGAAAUUCUAUGGAGUCGAUUGCAAUGAAUGUGCGUUUGGCUGGUCAGGAGAAAAUUGUGGAACGAAAAAACAAGUCGUUCAAAGAAGAAGUUUUGGCAGUCUAUCGGAUUCUGAAAAGCAAAACGUUAAGAAUGGUAUGCUCAUGCUAAAGAGUGAAAUGGGUUAUUGGAGUGUUGUUAUUGAAGAGCCACUAACUGUAUCUGGCACAGUUACACUGCAAGAUGUUUCUACGUAUGAUUUCCUUGUCUACAUACACAACUACGUGUCCCGAGAUGCCUCGAAGUCAUGUCAAACACUUAAUGGCGGUAUAAAUGUUGACUUUGCACAUUCUGGGCCAAAUUUUCUAGUCUGGCACAGAACAUAUCUGCUGAUUUUGGAAAGAGCACUUCAAAGAGUGCUAGACAAUACUAGUUUUGGCUUACCGUACUGGAAGUGGGAGGACAAUGACCUUUCGGUAUUUGAUAAGCGAUAUUUUGGAAAAUUGUCAUCAACACAUGGAAUAAUACAAGAUAUUGAAGGUGGAUUAAAUUGGAACACGGUUUGCGAUAUCACAUAUAGACAGAAGACUGUUGAUAACACAAUUGCUUAUUGGGAGGAUGACAAUUCGAGUUAUUGUAUGGCAUUUUGGGUUCCUUGUAACCCGAACGCUGAUUUAAGGUAUGGUAAUCGGCUUCAGAGAGGAAAUGCUGAAACAUAUCUACCGAAUGUACGUGAGAUUGAAAUAGCGAUAGCUGCCCCAGAAUAUGAUAAAUCAAAUGCUGAAGGCAAGUAUCGUCAGGACAGUCCACGAGAUAGUUUUAGAAGUAGACUGGAAGGUUGGAGUUUGAUAUGCUCAACUUCGAAUUCUGACUUGUGUGUUGGACCUCAGGUAUUGUCAGGUUCUCAACGAUUACAUAAUAAUGUUCAUGAUUGGAUAAAUGGGCACAUGAGCGUUCCACCAUCUGCUGUAAAUGAUCCUGUAUUUAGCUUGCAUCAUAGCAACAUUGAUCGAAUCCUUGAAAGUUGGAUGCAACGCGGCUUUCCAUCUGGUGAAAUACCUCCAUACGUACCUGACAGUGGGGGUCAUAUUGGACAUAAUUUGAAUGACUACAUGGUACCAUUUUUUCCUCUUAUAACACCGAAUCAGCAAUAUAGUACAAGUGAGAACUGGGGGUAUAUGUACGAUACUCUUAUUGUAGCCACUCUGAAUGACAAACCAGAUAUACCAGACUGUACCUAUACUAAAGAAAAUAUCCGAGAAUGCCGUAUAUGUACUGCUCAUAGCAGUGAUAGCCCUACUCAAUGCAAUCGAUUUGAAUUUGAUUUGACGACCAAUACUGGAAUGUAUCGGCAAAAUUGCUUGCUUUCGAGCGAAGAUAUGAGGGUAUGCUCGGCAAUUGAGCCAACAGUGAGGCCUACUCUGAGGCCUCCUUCGGGCUCAAGUUCCAAGAGAAUUAAUGCCAGCUUGCUACUGUUCCUGCUCAUUGCCUUCCUCAUGUUGGUACUCGAAGAUUAGCGAAAGGCAACUUUUUAUAAUUAUGUGCUGAACUGAAAACCCAAACCCAAAUAAAAAGUUUAACAAUGACUUGUUCUUACAAUAGAAUAGCCAGCUAUAGUCUCUUUUGCUGUACGUAUAGAUCUAGUUCUGUAAAUUUGUCAUUGAUCCCUAGCUAGAGCCCUUUGAGUUUUAUUGAUCACACACCUUGAAUAUUUGCAACUUGAACACAUAA